AUGGUUGCCGCAACGACAUCCCCCGAGACGCCGGUUAACGGCGUCGCGCACACCAAGAACGGCAUCGUCGUCGUUAAGGAGGUAGAGACCAAAUCCGCGCCCGCCGAGACCCUCGCGGCGCCGCACCCGAACCCCUCGCUGGUCGUCACCGCCGACCACCGUCUCAAGGCGGAAGAGGCGCCCGUUUUGGCGCCCAAGAAGGGCGAGGUUCUGGUCCACGUCAAGGCGACUGGUGUUUGCGGAUCCGACAUCCACUUCUGGAAGACCGGCAAGAUCGGUACUCUUGUUUUCGAGGGCGACUGCAUCAUCGGCCACGAGGCCGCUGGUAUCGUCAUCCGCUGCGGCGAGGGUGUCAAGAACCUCAAGCCCGGCGACCGCGUUGCCAUCGAGCCCGGCGUGCCAUGCGGCGAGUGCUUCCUCUGCACCGAGGGCCGUUACAACCUCUGCGAAGAUGUUCAGUUUGCGGGCGUCUACCCUUACCACGGCACCAUCCAGCGGUACAAGUGCCACCCCGCCAAGUGGCUUCACAACUCCUCACGACGGCCAUACUUACAAGCGAAAAGGCUCCCAGACAACAUGUCCUAUGCCGAAGGCGCCCUUCUCGAGCCUCUCAGCGUUGCGAUGCACGGUAUCCGCACCGCCGGCCUGGCCCUCGGCGUCGGCGCCGUCAUCUGCGGUGCUGGUCCCAUCGGUCUGAUCACACUCGCAGCCGCCCGCGCCUCGGGCGCCCACCCGCUCGUCAUCACCGAUAUUGAGCCCUCGCGUCUCGAGUUCGCCAAGAGGCUGGUGCCCAGCGCCAUCACCUACCGCGUCGACCCAUCUCUCGGCAACGAGGGCAACGGAAAGGCCAUCCGCAAGCUGUUCGGCGAUGACGAAUACAGCGCCCCCAGAACGGUUCUCGAGUGCACGGGUGUAGAGAGCAGUAUUUGCACUGCGGCGUUCACUGCCCGUCGCGGUGGCACUGUCAUGGUCAUUGGUGUCGGAAGGGAGAUCAUGAACAACCUCCCCUUCAUGCACCUUUCUCUUGCCGAGAUCAAGCUCGAGUUCAUCAACCGAUACCGCGACACAUGGCCCGCCGGCAUCGCCUGCAUCAGCAGCGGCAUCCUCGACCUCAAGAGCCUCAUCUCCCACACCUUCCCUCUCGAGCAGGCCGUCGACGCGCUCACGCUCGCCUCCGACUACAGGAACGGCAGCAUCAAGGUGCAGAUUGUGGACGAGAUCGACUCGGAGGUCUUUUAG